AUGACAGAGUUACCACGACUACCGAGCAAGCCAAGAUUGACUGUCUUCAAUGUGGAUGAAUCAAAAGUGAAUGUGCCACUUGGCCAAAGCGUACACAUGAUUCUUGGGGCAAUCGAUGAUGACCUACUCCCGGCUAUUAUGGGCGAAUGUCUGGAUAUCUUCCCGGUAUUAGGUCCUAAUGACAUACAGCUUCAUCAAGAUGUUCCGGAUAUCUUCCGUUCUUUCGUGGAGAAUCUUGAAAAUGAUGGGAAAACAAUUAAUGUUGAGAGAAAAAAAAAUUUAACAAAUAUGCUUCAUAUAAAUAUGCUGCUAUUUUUUGCCUUAUGUGUUUAUCUUUUCGUCUGCCAGCAGGUUUGGAACAGAAUUUCAAUUUGA